AUGGCCGCGUCGUCUCCGGCCUCCAGCGGCAAGGCGGCGAGCGACUCCUCCGCUCCUCCUCCGGCCCCUUCCCCCGUGGUAUCCAAUGGUAAUGGAACGCCGCAGAAGCCGCCCCCCGUCGCCGGAUUCGACAUGCCCAAGCCCAACCUCCGUGGCCUCAACAAGCCCAAGUGCAUCCAGUGCGGCAACGUCGCCCGCUCCCGGUGCCCGUUCCAGUGUUGCAAGAGCUGCUGCUACAAAGCUCAGAACCCUUGCCACAUUCAUGUUCUCAAACAGAGCAACACAUUGCCAGAGAAGACACCACCAGCUCCUAUCCCUUUGUCAGACCAACCAUCAACCAAUUCACCUUUAACCGGUUCUUCGUCGAGGCUGUCUUCCCUACAAAAGCUUCCCCAUCAUUUUCUGAAUUCCAUCCGAACAAGAAAGUCCCUUGCCAAGAAGGACAUUGCAAGCAUAAACAAGUGGAGGUUUAUGAAGCUAAAGGAACAUAUGCAAGGAGAUAUUGAUGUUGAAAAUGAAGCAUAUGAUAGGUACACACAGAAUAUUGGAUUGCUGGAGGAAACGUUCUAUCUCAAAGAAGAUUCUGCUGGUGAACAUGAAACUGAAGCAACUUCCUCAGAAGAAAUGAUGGAAAUAAUGGUCUCUGAGGCAAAGGUGAGGUUAAAAUCUGAUUGCGCAAAUGCAGCUGGCUUUAAAGAGAGGAUUGCCACUGUCUUGGACCAGAAGCUGAAGAAACUGCAAGAGAGGAACAGUGCCUGCGAGGAGGAUGACAACUCCUCUGACCAAAAUCUAGAUGACCAUACGAAGCCGGUGAAGUUGAACAUAAAACAGCAAACAGUGAGAAACGCGAAAACAAACGAGCUGCUUGGUAAGUUGACAAAAGCACAGAGUGAGGAUGAUUUGAAGCCUUGCCUCAAUAUCAUGGCGCAGCUGUUUGGAAAGGAGAUCGCUUCCUCCUCCAUGGGCACAUCAAACAAGUCAAGCGACCAAGAAUCAACCCCUGCAGUUGCGCCCUCUUAUUCAUUUCCAAAGCUCACAACUAGGCUGGAGGUAGACGAGAACAUGAUGUCUAAGAUCAGCGAGCUAUCUUCUUUGAGUCAGGUUGUUCAGCUAUAA